CGUUUAGCAGGGACGGCCCGUCCGCCGCCGUUGCAAGGCGGGACGUGCCGCCUUGAGCCGAGCCGAGCCCGUCCGCGCCCGCCAGGGCCGCCUCUCCUGCUUCUGAGGGCGCCGCGGCCUGCCCUCAGCCAAGGUGGCGGCCGCGCCUCGGCGGGCGGGGCGGCCCUGCCGCCGCCAUCUUGGCUGCGGGCAGCGCGCGCUGAGCUGGCCUUGCGGGGCGUGCCGGGAGGGAGCGGCGCCGGCGGCGCGGGCAGGAGCUUCUGCGGGGCCAUGGCGACGUACCUGGAGUUCAUCCAGCAGAACGAGGAGCGUGACGGCGUGCGCUUCAGCUGGAACGUGUGGCCCUCCAGCAGGCUGGAGGCCACAAGGAUGGUUGUGCCCCUGGCCUGCCUCCUGACCCCGCUGAAGGAGCGUCUGGACCUGCCCCCCGUGCAGUACGAACCAGUGCUUUGCAGCAGGCCGACCUGCAAAGCUGUGCUCAACCCACUCUGCCAAGUUGACUAUCGGGCCAAGCUUUGGGCUUGUAACUUCUGUUUCCAGAGAAACCAGUUUCCCCCAGCAUAUGCUGGCAUUUCUGAAGUCAAUCAGCCAGCAGAGCUUAUGCCUCAGUUUUCAACAAUUGAAUACAUAGUGCAGCGAGGUCCGCAGACGCCGUUGAUCUUCCUGUAUGUUGUGGACACAUGCUUGGAAGAGGAGGAUUUGCAGGCCCUGAAGGAGUCCCUGCAGAUGUCCCUGAGCCUGCUGCCUCCCGACGCCCUGGUGGGGCUCAUCACUUUUGGCCGGAUGGUCCAGGUUCACGAGCUGAGCUGUGAAGGGAUUUCCAAGAGCUACGUGUUCCGGGGCACCAAGGACCUGUCGGCCAAGCAGAUACAGGAUAUGCUUGGGCUUUCGAGGCCAGCUGUCCCCAUGCAACAGGGAAGACCUCUUCAAACUCCAGAGCAGCCUGUUAUUUCCAGCAGGUUCCUACAGCCCGUGCAUAAGAUUGACAUGAAUUUAACAGAUCUGCUUGGAGAGCUGCAGAGGGACCCAUGGCCAGUGCCCCAGGGAAAGAGACCCUUGCGUUCUACUGGAGUGGCUCUUUCCAUUGCAGUUGGCUUAUUGGAGGGCACGUUUCCAAACACAGGGGCCAGAAUAAUGCUGUUCACAGGCGGGCCACCAACACAAGGGCCAGGCAUGGUGGUGGGAGAUGAACUGAAAACACCCAUCCGUUCCUGGCAUGACAUAGAGAAGGACAAUGCAAGGUUCAUGAAGAAGGCCACCAAACACUACGAGACUCUGGCCAACCGCUCCGCGGCCAACGGGCACUGCAUCGACGUCUACGCCUGUGCCCUGGACCAGACAGGGCUGCUGGAGAUGAAGUGCUGUGCAAACCUCACUGGAGGACACAUGGUGAUGGGAGACUCCUUCAACACUUCUCUCUUCAAACAGACCUUCCAGAGGGUAUUUAGCAAAGGCUACAAUGGGGAAUUUCGGAUGGCUUUUGGUGCAAAUCUGGACGUGAAGACCUCCAGGGAGCUGAAAAUUGCAGGAGCCAUUGGACCAUGUAUAUCCCUGAAUGCUAAAGGACCAUGUGUCUCUGAAAAUGAGCUUGGAAUUGGAGGGACAUCUCAAUGGAAAAUCUGUAGUCUAGAUCCCAGUACAACUCUGGCCAUUUACUUUGAAGUGGUAAAUCAGCACAAUGCACCCAUCCCUCAGGGAGGCAGAGGGGCAGUGCAGUUUGUCACCCAGUAUCAGCACUCCAGCACGCAGAAGCGCAUUCGUGUCACCACCAUAGCCAGAAACUGGGCGGAUGCGCAGACUCAGCUGCAGCACAUCGAGGCCGCCUUUGACCAGGAGGCAGCUGCCGUGCUGAUGGCGCGGCUGGGAGUGUACAGGGCUGAGUCUGAGGAGGGACCUGAUGUUCUGCGUUGGCUGGACAGGCAGCUCAUCAGGCUGUGUCAGAAAUUUGGACAAUACAACAAAGAUGAUCCCAACUCCUUUAGGCUGUCAGAAUCAUUUUCUUUGUAUCCUCAGUUCAUCUUCCACCUGCGACGCUCCCCGUUCCUGCAGGUGUUCAAUAACAGUCCAGAUGAAUCCUCCUAUUACCGGCACCACUUUGCCAGGCAGGAUCUGACCCAGUCCCUCAUUAUGAUCCAGCCCAUCCUUUAUGCUUAUUCUUUCCAUGGGCCUCCUGAGCCAGUGCUUUUGGACAGCAGCAGUAUUCUUCCUGACAGAAUCCUACUGAUGGAUACUUUCUUCCAGAUAGUUAUCUACCUUGGUGAGACUAUUGCACAGUGGCAGAAAGCUGGAUACCAAGACAUGCCAGAAUAUGAAAACUUCAAGCACCUCCUGCAAGCCCCACUGGACGAUGCCCAGGAAAUCCUGCAGACCAGAUUCCCAAUGCCACGUUACAUCCACACUGAGCACGGGGGCAGUCAGGCCCGGUUCCUGCUGUCUAAAGUGAAUCCUUCUCAGACCCACAAUAACCUCUAUGCCUGGGGCCAGGAAUCUGGGGCUCCAAUCCUGACUGAUGAUGUGAGUCUCCAGGUAUUCAUGGACCACCUUAAAAAGCUGGCAGUUUCAAGUGCAUCGUGACUGAGCGGACUGAGCACCAGGAGCAGACCAUUUACAGGGAUUGUGGACCAGUGGAUUUACAUUUCCUUUUCUCUCUUUUAAACUAGGGAUUUUAACUGUUACACGAAAUAAACAUUCAGGGAGAGUUUUUUACUUCUCCCUUCUAAUUUA